CAUUUAAAUACUAAAGAUUGUUAAUUCUUCAUGAAUUACCUAUAAAUGAUUAAAUAUUUCUGCUUAAUUAAAUCAUAUGUAUUGCCGAAUAGAAUAAAAAGAACUGCCACUGUUAUAGUAGUGUUAAGUACGAGGCGAUUCACAAUGAAAAUACAUAAAAACGAAGUCAACACAAAACAAGGAGAUAUUGUUUGUUCACGGUCGGAAUUGGAUUUGGGAAUCACUCUAAAAGGAGGGCAAAGUUUUAGAUGGUUUGCUCAUGAGAAUGGAUAUAGAGGUAUCUUCGAUGGAUGUGUUUGGACCCUAGUGCAAAAUGAUACACAUUUAUCUUACAUUGUCCAAGGUGCAUUAGAAGAUUCCAAAAAUUAUAAUGAUAUAUUAUCUAGGUACUUUAGAUUAGACAUGUCAUUGGCAGACCUUUGUGAAAAAUGGGCUGCUGUAGAUGAACAUUUCCAAAAAUCAUUGGAUAAAACAAACGGUGUUAGGAUAUUGAAUCAAGAUGUUGUUGAAACUGUCUUCUCUUUCAUAUGUAGCUCAAACAACAACAUAAAAAGGAUAUCAUUAAUGGUAGAGCAAUUGUGUUCCUUAUUCGGUAAGAAAAUUUGUUCCAUUGAGGAUAAAGAUUACUACAGUUUUCCAGCCAUUGAGGCAUUAGCAGGAGAAAAUGUUGAAAAAAAUUUAAGGGAAGCAAAGUUUGGAUAUCGUGCAGGAUACAUACCAAAAGCUGCAAAAGCUUUAAUGGAACUUGGUGGAAAAGAAUGGCUCUUAAGUUUGCAUAAAGACAAUAAUGUAUUGUAUGCUGAAGCAAAAGAACAAUUGAUAACUCUUGAUGGGGUUGGCCCAAAGAUUGCUGACUGUGUAUGUUUAAUGGCUUUGGGUCAUUUAGAAGCUGUUCCUGUAGAUACACAUAUUUCUCAAAUUGCUAAGGAAAAUUAUUUGCCUCAUUUAAAGAAAGAAAAAAAAGUCAAUCACAAAGAAAUUGGCAAUUACUUAUGUGAGUUGUGGGGUCCCUAUGCUGGUUGGGCACAAGCUGUUGUCUUCUGUGCAAAAAUAAAUACCAAUGGUGGUACUACCACUGCGCCGAAAACGAAACGUAAAGGUAAUGAAAAGAAGAUAGUAACAAGAAAAAAAAAUUGCACGUAGUAUAGGAAUAUAAA